CUUUUGGGGUCUCGCUCGCCAUGUCUCGCUUAUUUCGCUUUGGAAUUUCACGUUGACGGCGCCGUCGCAGUCGCAGUCAGCGGUAGCAGAGCCAUCGGCAGAGGCAGCAGCGACUCGAUUCGAGCUGAAAAUAAAAGCGUUAACCGCUCUCCUCCAGUGCAGCAGCAGCAGCGGACCCAGCCAGUAGCCAGCAGCUAAAUCACCACAUCCCAGAUUCAGUUUCCAGUUCGAACUACACUCGAAUCUCAAAAAUGACCACCUACUUCAACUACCCCAGCAAGGAGCUGCAGGAUGAGCUGAGGACCAUCGCCCAGAAGAUCGUGGCUCCCGGCAAGGGAAUCCUCGCCGCCGACGAGUCGGGCCCCACCAUGGGCAAGCGUCUGCAGGACAUCGGCGUGGAGAACACCGAGGACAACCGCCGUGCCUACCGUCAGCUGUUGUUCAGCACCGACCCCAAGCUGGCCGAGAACAUCUCCGGCGUGAUCCUGUUCCACGAGACCCUCUACCAGAAGGACGACGCCGGCGUCCCCUUCGCCGACAUCCUGAAGAAGAAGGGCAUCAUUCUGGGCAUCAAGGUCGACAAGGGUGUCGUGCCACUGUUCGGCUCCGAGGACGAGGUGACCACCCAGGGCCUCGAUGACCUGGCCGCCCGUUGCGCCCAGUACAAGAAGGACGGCUGCGACUUCGCCAAGUGGCGUUGCGUGCUGAAGAUCGGCAAGAACACCCCGUCCUACCAGUCGAUCCUCGAGAACGCCAACGUUCUGGCCCGCUACGCCUCCAUCUGCCAGUCGCAGCGCAUCGUGCCCAUUGUGGAGCCCGAGAUCCUGCCCGAUGGCGACCACGAUCUGGACCGCACCCAGAAGGUCACCGAGACCGUGCUGGCCGCCGUCUACAAGGCGCUGAGCGACCACCACGUCUACCUGGAGGGCACUCUGCUGAAGCCCAACAUGGUCACCGCCGGUCAGUCGGCCAAGAAGAACACCCCCGAGGAGAUCGCCCUGGCCACCGUGCAGGCCCUGCGCCGCACCGUCCCCGCCGCCGUCACCGGCAUUACCUUCCUGUCCGGAGGUCAGUCCGAGGAGGAGGCCACCGUCAACCUGAGCGCCAUCAACCAGGUGCCCCUGCUCCGCCCAUGGGCCCUGACCUUCUCCUACGGCCGUGCCCUCCAGGCCUCCGUCCUGCGUGCCUGGGGUGGCAAGAAGGAGAACAUCGCCGCCGGCCAGAACGAGCUGCUUAAGCGUGCUAAGGCCAACGGUGAUGCUGCUCAGGGCAAGUACGUUGCCGGAAGCGCUGGUGCCGGAUCCGGAUCCCUGUUCGUGGCCAACCACGCCUACUAAGGCGUUUGGCAGGACCUUGUCUACACACAAACAAGCAGAAACGCAACUACAUACAACUAACUACGAAGCAGAUUGCUGGAAACGUUUGGCAGUUUUCUUUAUUUUUUUGUCUUAGUCUCGAGAGCUAAGCAAAGCAAGCAUUAAAAAAAACCAAAAAAAAAAAACAAAGAAGGAUAACAAUUUCAAAACAUGUUAUAUAUAUGUAGUACGUCAAAAUCUUUCAAUUUAAUUAUAUGCUAAAAAUAUUUUAGAGAACAACUAAAUGAUGAGUGCAGAAGAAGAAAGGAAUGAUUAUGUUUGAUGGAGAAGCAAUUUUAUCUUUAGUUUUAAGCACAUGAACCUAUUAUUGUUGAAGUUAUGAAAUUUCUAUUUUAUUAUUACUAUGAUUAUGAAAGAUUUCAAUGUGAACAAGCUAAAUAUGUCGUAAAUCGUUAAGUUAAAAACACAUUUUAUAGUGAAAACAACAGCAAUCCACUAUCAGCAACAUCGAAAAAUGUAAAAGUCUUGAGACAUUGAAAUCGCCCAACGUUUUAUGAAAUUUUUUAAUAUUUUAUAAAAAGAUCCUCUAUGAAAACCAAUGUUUUACCAUUAUUAUUAUUAUUAAACUUUAUAUUUAUGAUCGAUAAGUAUAAGUGAAACAAAUGACGCAAAUAAACAAACACAUUACAAUAAACCCGAAAA